ACUUGUGCCUUCUAUUACUGUGACUUUUUCCAGUCUUGGGAUGCUUAUUUCCGCCAAGUUCAGAAUGGGAUGCCUCCAGGACAGGCCUACCAACCACCACCCAUUCUGGGACAGAUGGCUGGCAUGGUAGCAACAAGACAAACUGUUCCAAGUGCUGUGGACCAAUCCACUAUCAACAGUCUUGUGUCAGAUCACUUGGCAGUGUACUCUUUGAUUCGUUGUUACCAGAUCAGGGGUCAUAACAAAGCCCAGUUAGACCCUCUUGGUAUCCUGCAGGCUGACCUCUCAGAUUCCAUUCCUGCUGAUCUUUCUCUUGAAUACUGGGGACUUGGAGAGGCUGAUCUAGAUAAAGUUUUCCAGCUUCCUAACACAACGUAUAUUGGUGGCAACACUGAUGUUUUGACUUUAAGAGAAAUAGUCAGCAGGCUUGAGAGUUCAUAUUGUGGACACAUUGGGCUGGAUUAUAUGUUCAUUCCAGAAAAAUCUAAAUGUAAGUAUCUGUUCUAAAAACUCAUGGUUGAUAAAGUGUACAAUGGGCCAUAUUUGCAUUUUGAGUACUAGCUUGUGACUGAGCUAAUAUGUUUGGUCUUCUCAAA